AUGCCAAUGCUGGCGGCGGUUGCCGAGACCGACGAGGCCGUCGGCUCGGACGACGCAGGCUGGCCUCCUUCGCCUUACGGGGCGUCGCCGGGGCUGGCCGGCGCACCGCGAGCCACCCCGGACUACGCCCGGAAGACCUGGAAGGCUUAUCACGAACGGCAAGCCCUGUUGGCGGGACGGCGGCAGUACUCGAGGCCCGUGGAGGUGGACCCCGUCGUGUGGGGGGACCUGAUAGGGAAGAAGCUCGCCGAGCUGAUCGAGGGGGAGAGGAACCACCCGCGCAGCGUGGUCCGGGGCGGGGCGGCGGAUAGGGACGGGGGGCACUGCCUGCUGCCAGAGCUGGAUGACAUUCACUUGCACAGCGGGCACGAGCAGGCCGUGGCGGCGGCGGUGGGCAAGCCUAAGUUUCUGCGCUUUUCCGCGGAAGGCUCCGAGUACACGGCCGACGACUUCGGCGCUGGCGGGGGCUUCGACGAGAUGUACCAAAGACGGUACGCCGGGUUUAGCCCGCUGAUCAAACAAGCCGGGGGCCUCGCGGCCAAAAGAGCGAGGUCGAGAGCGGGGUACCCCGACGACCAGGUGGAGAGCUAUCGCGAGAGGAGGUCGAGGGAGAAGACCAGCCGCGAAGCCGAAGCUAUCCCUUGGGACUUGGGCGCAGCACGAGCGGCCGCCCCGUCCACCGCGGCGGCGGCCCAAGGCGGCGGUGACGGAGACGACGGCGGCGGCGGCGGCGGCGGCGGCGGUGGCGGUGGUGGUUGGAGUGGCGGCCCAGGCGGCGCGAUCGGCGGCAGCGGGUUCGGGGAUGACCUCUUCGCGGGGGACGCGGCGGCGGUACUGCAGCAGUCCGCAGAACAGCAGGAGAACAAAAACGACGGACAACGCCCGGAUGCUGAUCUGGAGGCGCAUCCGAUUCCUCACAUCGGCCCCGACGCCCACCGCUUGCUCCCGGACGAAGUGGAAGCGGUGCUCAGGGGGCACGCGGAGGAGAGCGCGGACGGGUACGACGCUUCUUUCGCCGCACAGAUGCAGCACAGGUUGGUAUCGGUUGGAGGGAGCGCCGAGGGGAUGAAGCUUCGGGGAACCGCUGCCCGAGAGCGGCGGGAGCGUGCUCGACUUGGACUGAAGGACCGAUACCUGGAAGAGGCCGUGCGCAGGAACCACCGCGCCGCCUCCCACGGCUAUGACGACGAAGACGACGACGACAACGCCAGCACCUCCUGCUCCGUUGCCACGUUCGAAGACUUCUACAUCAAGUCGACCCAGGCCGCGGACGCUCUGCCCGUCGUUGAGGGGAGGAUGAACGCGGAGGAGACUAAGGGUGCCUCGAUGGAGGCACCGCCGCCGCCGCCGCCGCCGCUAGCAAAAGUUGAGGAGGUGAUGCCUUCUCCGGAGGAGGCGAUCCGGAAGCAGCAGAGGCGAGAGGAACGGCGAGCCGAGCGCGUGGCGAGGCUGGAGCUCAAGCGGGAGCAAGCCAGAAGGGGCACGACGAGCUUGGACGGCAGCAGCAUCAGUACCGACCCCCCCGGCGCCGAGACGAGCCUAGACGGCGGUCCCCCCAGCGGCGAAAUCCUGGUCCUCCUCCCGCGGCGCAAGACCGGCGGCGGCGGCGGCGGCGGCGGCGAAGUCGGCGACCCCGAAGACGAUGCCAGCCUCGACCCCAGCGUGAGCAGCCUCGGGACGUACGACGAGCGCAGCCGCGGCGGCAGCGGCGGCGGUGCGCCUCGCAACCUGCAGAACCUCCAAGAACCAACAAGCGCAACGACUACCGGCGGCGGCGGCGGCGGCGGCCCGCUUCCCCCGGCCGCGGAUCUUGUCGAGGAACGACGGCGGCGGCCGCGGCGGCGGUCCAGGCUGGCCGAUAUUCCCCCGACCCCUCCGAGCCCUACCGCCGCUUCUGUGAGCACCGGCGGCGGCGUCCAGAGCGCGGUUCUUUCGUACUCCACAGGUGACGUCCCAACCGGCAGCGGCGUCGGUCUCGACGGGGGGGGUCUGGCGGAGCGGGGGCGAAAUCUAUCGCGGCUAGGGAUCGCCUUCGGCGGCGCGAGCAAGAGGAGGCGAUCGCGCGGCGGCGGCGGCGGUAGCAGCAUUGGAGCAAGCGGGGCCGCUUUGGCACCUUUGGGCCCCGCAGCGAGUGGCUCUUCAAUAGGGCUGCAGCCACUGGCACCGGCGACCAUUCCAGCGGUUGGUAUCGAUGGCAACGGCACAUCAUCAACCGGCGCCGUUAUCGCCCCGACCGUGGCACUGCUCAAGGGCAAGAUCAAAGGGUGGCGGCGGCGGAAGCUAAGCGCCGCGCCAACGGUGCCCCCUCCGCUCUCCGCUACGCUGACACCGGUCGUCGACGAUGACCGGCGAUUAUCCCGGUGGUCUAGCCGUGCCUCUGCUUCGCCGGGCGCUCUCCUCCCGCUAGUCGCGAUGGCAGACGGGGGCAGCGGCGGCGGGGGCGCUCCGGUGGCGGGCGAUGUAGCGCCGGCGGCCGCCGCGGCGACACUGCCACCGCCGAUGGCUUUGAUCCCGGUCAAGGUGGGCACGAUGGACGGUGAAAGGACGCUGUCGGACUCGCAAAGCGCCAGUAGCUCCCUGGCAGGCUCAACACAGGCGGCGCUGAUUUCGGGAACCGUUGACUCGGGAACAGUCUCUAGAACGGUCUCCGAAACACCUACUCUGGGGUCUAAGGCGGAGGGUUCAGUGGCCGGCGGCUCGUCGGCGACGGCGACGGCGACAGCGGCACCGAUAGCGGGAGGAGUUCCGGGCAUGGGGCAGGCGGGGGCGGGAAUGGACGGCGGCGGCGGCAGUGCGGCGGCAAGGGGGCGGUAUGACGUUGGCGAUCCGCAGAUGAACAGGGAGAAACGCCGCAGCGGCCGCAGGAGCGGCGCCGAUAACGGCGGUAAUACCCAACGGGUACACAAGAUCAACCUGGGGAGCAAGAAAGAUCAGAUGACCAUGACGCACGCCGAUCGGACGGCCCUUCUGAUCGGGGCGUGCGAGUGGGGGGACCUCGAGGCCCUCCAGCGCCUGCUUGAGCUUGGGGCGUCGCCGCUGGACCUCUACUCGCCCUCUGUGGAAGAGUCCCGCUGUGUCUUCUGCCAGUUCUUCCUCUUCUUGCUCCAGGUCGGAGCAGGACUGCGGUCUCGGCUUGCGCCGGAUGACUCGCUCCACGACCGUGCGCUCUCCAUGCUGAUCCAGCCCAGCCUGGAGGAAAACCGGCGGUUCUUGUCGAAGCCUCAGCUCCGCGACCAAGACGUAGGGAGAGGGUUCUGCCUCGUGCACCACGCGGCGGCCUUCGGCAACGCGAACAAGGUGGAGUUCCUGCUGCAAAGAGGAGUCGACCCGGACGCGAGAGCUCGAGGGGGCGACGAAACGGCGCUGAUGGUGGCGGCGAGGAGGGGGAAAAGGACCCACCUGAGGGUCGCUGCGGCGCUGAUCAAGGCCGGGGCUAACAAGCUGGCUCGAGACCGGUCCGGGAGGACCCCUCUCCACCACGCCGCCUCCGCCGGCCGUAAGCACAUGUGCCACUACCUCCUGCUCGUGGGCGGGGACAAGACGGCACGGGACGACGAGGGAAGGACUCCGAUGGACGCGUGCCGGGCGGAGCACCCGCGGGCGUUCGCCGUCAUGCAGUCUUUUGUCAGCCGCAGGCCGCCCCCCGCGACGAUCCUCGACUACAUGGAGAAGGUGGAGGUUCACGGCCACGCCCAGGAACUCCUGCUGUGCCAACAAGCCGAGGCGGUAGCCGCCGCCGCCGCCGCCGCCGCCGCGAGCUUGGUCGCGGGCGGGGACGGGGAGGACAGCAUGACGUCCUGGGACGCGGCGUCUCUCGGCGGGAUGGUGAGCGGCACGGGCGCUAGCGUGCUUUCGCUCGGCAGUCUCGUCGCCACCACCACCACCGCUCGAUAGGCUGUCCGACAUACAAGAGGUUUUGCCAGAUGUAACGAGAGGUUGUCAGAUAUACGAGAGGUUGUCCGAUAUACGAGAGGUUGUCAGAUGUACGAGAGGUUGUCCGAUAUACGAGAGGGUAGGGGACGCGAAUGUUGUCGUGUAGUGCUUUUUUCUCAGGCGGCUGACUGCCGGCGUGGGGAUCGCGGUGCAUUUUUUGUUGUUGUUGUUGUUGAAGCGGCGGAGGCAGCGAGCGCAUGGUCACCGCUGACCAAUGGGCUGAAUCGUGGGGUCUAACGGGGCGCGAGCCGUUUCGCGUGUGGGGAGGCUGUCUGUUUCUUUUGCUUCAUCUCAGGGCGGCAGCCGUACGAUUGGCGGGCGGCUUUGUCUGAUGGGAACUUGCUGAGCUACGGCGGUUGCUUUAGUUUUGUGUGUAAAUUCUGAACAUAUCUAUCUAUUAUAGUAAAAAAAUGACGCGAAGGGCGGUUGGUGGGGUAGCGCGCAAGAUGACCCAGUACAGUAGUCUAUGGGUUCUUUAUUUUUGGUUGUUUCAUCGCCGGAGGCGUGUUUGUUCAAUGGUCCGAAGGAAAUAAAGCCGG